GGCAUCUGGAUAACGAAUACCCCUUCAACACCUCCUGGCAUCGACAGCGCCCAGGGUACAUGCCACCGCUUGAUCUCUUGCCUCUGUCAGACUCGCAGCAAGAGCGGCUCCUGAAGCGCACGAAAGAUCAACAUGGCGAGGCCGCUACUCAGUCCGCUGGCAAGCCAGCUCUGGUCGUUCUAGACCGUAUGGGUAUUCGGCCUCUCCAUGAUUCCAAGGCGCAAGCGGCGAUGCAAGUGCGGGUCGAAGACAUGGUAUGGAGGCAGUCCUGCGGUAUGGCCUUCACGCCGACGGCCUGGGCAGCAGACCGAGAUCAACAAUGGGAGAUGACGAGGAAUUUUGAUAGGCGAGGCAAGCCACAGGUGAUUACGCCAGGCCUGUUGCCGGGAAUUGCCUGCUGUAUUCCGAGCGGCUACGGCAUAUCCGUUGUCUAUCUUGAGCCGGAGAGGAGGGAGGGCGUGAGGAUUGAGGUCGAGGAGUCUGAAGGUCAGGGGAAGAAGGAGGCAAAGGAGGGUGAGGAGGGUGAGGAGGAGAAGAGCGGCAGCUCGUCGGCACAAAGCUGAGGAGCAGCAGAGCAGGUCACACAACAUCUAUACCUCUCCCAGACAUCAUCAUCAUCAUCAUCAUCNNCAUCAUCAUCAUCAUCAUCAUCAUCAUCAUCAUCACAUCAGAGUCAUGAGCCUCAUCGAAGCGAAACAAAUACAUCCUCAUUAUCCACUCUGCGCAGCGUUGACUACAAGAGCUUGAGGUGGCCUGCAAUGGGGGCGACAAAGCAAUGCUCUCAGCGUCCUUCUUCCAGCCUUUGUGUCUGUCGCCAUCGAUCGCGCACUCACCCGUCACCUCGUUCACAAUCUUGACCGGUCCCGGUCCAA